GCCUCGUGGGUGGUCCUUAUCAAUACUUAUAGAAAUAAGGGGACAAUACACUAUCAUUACGACGAUUACAAAGUAAUCCCUUAAACUAGAUAUAAUCCGUUAAAACCUACAUAAAACCUACGUUUACAUGUCGCUGGUAAAACUAUUCUCAAAAACGAAGGUAGAUACGGUUACGUCCGCACGUGAUCGUUUAUAGUAAUUUCUGUAAGAAAUACCAACGCCUGCAACUUUUAAAUUAAGACCGCAAAAACGAGAAUCCCCCUUCACGAGACCUGACUGCUUCUGUGGACAUGUGACGUCACGGCGGUAAGGGGCCGUUCGCUGCUCACUCCUGUGCUAACCUUAGCCAAAACCGAACCCGAAGAAGACCGAAUUCGUUUUAAAUCAGAUAACCAGGGACAAGCCAGCAUGCUGGUGCCAAUCUUCACCCUGAAGCUGAACCACAAAAUCAACCCGCGCAUGGUGACUGUGGGCAAGUUCGAUGGGCUACACCCGUGCCUCACUGCGGCCACACAAGCAGGGAAGGUGUUCAUCCAUAACCCUCACGGGCGUGGCCAGCGGAAGGCGGCGCACCGCCUGAGCCAGAGCGCGCAGGACUCGGACAUCUCCCUCCUCAACAUCAACCAGGCGGUCAGCUGCCUCGCCGCCGGCACGCUGGGGCCCUCCACCGCCGGCCACUCGCUGCUGGUGGGCUCCCAGACCAACCUGCUGGCCUACGACGUGCACGACAACUCCGACAUCUUCUACAGGGAGGUGACAGAUGGGGCCAACGCUAUUGUUUUGGGGAAGCUGGGAGAUAUCCCAUCUCCUCUCGCCAUCAUCGGGGGAAACUGCGCUCUGCAAGGGUUCGACUACGAGGGAAACGACCAGUUCUGGACGGUUACUGGUGACAACGUCCGGUCUUUGGUGCUCUGUGACUUCACCGGUGAUGGGAAAAAUGAGCUUCUGGUUGGAUCAGAAGACUUUGACAUCCGUGUCUUCAGAGAGGACGAGCUCGUGUCAGAGAUGGCUGAGAAUGAGACGGUCACCUCUCUGUGCCACAUGCAUGGCAGUAGAUUUGGGUACGCCUUGGCCAAUGGCACAGUGGGAGUGUAUGACCGGACUGCCCGCUACUGGAGAAUAAAGUCCAAGAACCACGCCAUGAGCAUCCAUGCUUUCGACCUGAACGCCGACGGAGUUGUGGAGCUCAUCACCGGGUGGUCCAAUGGGAAAAUCGAUGCCCGUAGCGACCGCACCGGUGAGGUCAUUUUCAAAGACAACUUCUCCUCGUCGGUGGCCGGGGUGGUGGAAGGGGACUACCGCAUGGACGGCCAGGUGCAGCUCAUCUGUGCGUCUGUGGAAGGAGAAGUACGGGGGUACCUCCCAGCCAGUAAGGAGAUGAAGGGGAACCUGAUGGACACCAGUGUGGAGCAGGACCUGAUCCGGGAGCUAAGCCAACGCAAGCAGAACCUGCUGCUGGAACUGCGCAACUAUGAGGAGAACACCAAGGCCACGGCUGGAGCUGUGCUCUCAGAGGGUGACACACAGAUGGGCGUCAUCCCUGCCAACACCCAGCUCCAGACGGCCCUCUCAGUCAAAGCGGCCACAGAGAGCCAGAAGGCCCACAUCGAGCUCAAUAUCUCCACCCCCAACGAGACCAUCAUCCGGGCGGUGCUGAUUUUCGCUGAGGGGAUCUUUGAGGGAGAGAGUCACGUGGUUCAUCCCAGUGCCCAGAACCUGUCCGGCUGUGUGCGAGUUCCCAUAGUCCCCCCCAAGGACAUCCCCGUCGACCUGCACAUCAAAGCCUUCGUUGGUGGAAAGAGCAGCACACAGUUCCAUGUGUUUGAGAUCACGCGCCAGCUGCCGCGCUUCUCCAUGUACGACCUGAGCACCAACCCCACAGCUGCCCAGCCCACGGGAAGAGUCACCUUCAACAUCAACGACCGACCACAGAGAGUGGUCAUGUGGCUGAACCAGAACUUCCUGCUUCCUGAGGGCACGGACACCCCGGACGUGUGUUUCACCUCGCUGCGCCAGGGGGGCCUACUGAGCGUUAGCAUGCAGUCUAAUGGAGAGAUCACGUUAAAGACAGAUGACAUUGACCUUGCGGGGGACCUGAUCCAAUCUCUGGCCUCCUUCCUGGCCAUUGAUGACCUGCAGGCGGAGGCUGAUUUCCCGGGCUAUUUUGAAGAGGUGCGGGCGACACUGACAGAGGUGGAUGACUUUCACUCAGUCCAUCAGAAGCUGACGGCAGCCAUGGCCGACCACUCCAACCACAUCCGCAACAUGCUGGUGCAAGCCGAGGACGCGCGACUGAUGGGCGACAUGCCGACCAUGAAGAAGCGCUACAUUGAGCUGUAUGACCUGAACAGGGACCUGAUAAACGAGUACAAGAUACGCUCCAACAAUCACAAUGCCCUCAUCAGCUGCCUCAAGUCCGUCAACCAGGCCAUCCAAAGAGCAGGCCGGCUGCGAGUGGGGAAGCCGAAGAACCAGGUGAUCACGGCGUGCCGAGAUGCCAUCAAAAGCAACAACGUCAACGCUCUCUUCAAAGUCAUGAGGGCGGGGACCGCGUCCUCCUGAGGAAGACCCCCCAAAUGAGAGACCAAAAAUCCAGGAAGAGACCUCACCCCUCCCACCCACUCCUCGCCCCUGACACGAGAACAAACCCCCAGGUGGGAGGGGACACUAGGCCUGCGGUUUGCAAAGCGAGUGAAACAUUCCGCGAGGCAGGAUAAGAGAUAUAUCUGUGGCAUUCCUAUGAACUCAAGACACCAGCCUUUAACGGAAAGUCCCGUCUCCCCUCCCCCACCCCGAAAAGGGAAAUUGUGACUGAAGUGACAUGCAGAAUUGUGACUGAGAGGAAAAUAUCUGUCAAAAGAUGGCAAAUGUGUUUUUGUAGCCAAAGAAAAAUAUUUUCAAUGUUUACUUAAAAACCCUUGAGAGUGCUAGUUGUAGUACUGUGUUUUUCUCUAGCUUGAAAGAAGCAGUGGACUUGACACUGUGUCCUGUGUAUAUUUAUAUAUUAAUUAAAAUUAAAAUUAUACUGUGUAAA